AUGAAGGCCGGCGAGGAAGCCAGCGGACCGGGCAGCGAAGGGCAGCAGAAACUGGGAUUGUGCGUCCUGUGCGGCCUGCCUGCAGCAGGAAAGACGACCUUUGCACGGGCCCUCGGCCACCGGCUGCGGCAGGAGCGGGGUUGGGCUGUCGGAGUGGUAGUCUACGAUGACGUCAUGCCGGACGCUUUCCUCGACGAGCCAUCCCAAUGGAAAUUGCUUCGACAGGAACUGAUGAAGUACCUGGAUUGCUUUUUGAUGGCUGUCAUUAACGGGUGUCCGAUGUCUGCCCCACCCAACAGAACUGAAGCCAUGUGGGAAGACUUUAUUACCUGCUUAAAGGAUCAAGAUCUACUGUCUUCCUCAGCGCGUGAGGCCCAGCCUUGCUACCUCCUAACAAAGAUAGCCGUUUCCAGAUCUUUGCUUUUGGUUUUGGAUGACAACUUUUAUUAUCAAAAUUCAUUAGGCUUUUGCCAGCUCUUUUUAGAUUGUCCUCUUGAGACCUGUCUACAGAGGAAUGGCCAGAGGCCAAGGGCACUGCCAGCUGAGACCAUUCACCUGAUGGGAAGAAAGAUAGAAAAGCCCAACCCUGAGAAAAAUGCUUGGGAACACAACAGCCUCACAAUUCAGAGUCCAGCAUGUUCUUCUGAACUCAGCUUGGAGGUGACUGAUUUAUUGCUUACUGCUUUGGAAAGUCCCGUAAAAAAUGUUGAGGACAAUCGGGAAGCGAAGGAAACAGACAGACUGAUUUGUUCUACAAAUGUUCUUCAUCAAGUUGAUCAGAUGCUCCGAAGAAUUAUCUCUCAGACAAUGAAGGAAGCAAAAGGUGAACAAGUAAUUCCUUAUAACUUGAAGCUUCUGGCAGAAGAACUUAACAAGCUCAAAACAGGAUUUCUGGAAGACCUGAGACAAGGACGCAAUGUAAAGUAUCUGUGCUUUCAAGAAACCAUUGGCACAUCAGAAGUCAUGUCUUGUUUUCUUUAUGAGAAAGAUAACAUUGUACAGAAGUAUUUUUCAAAGCAGAAUUAA